AUGAUGAUUCCGGCGACUCCACUGGCCGCUGUGUUGCUAUUGCUGCUCUGCUUCUCGGCGUCGGCUCAGGUCACACGAGGCGCAUCACGGCCGCCGCCAGGCUGCCCCACCAGCUGCGGCGGCGUGAGCGUGCCGUACCCAUUCGACAUCGGCGACGGAUGCCACUGGCCGGGCUUCAACCUCACCUGCGAUCGGACGCGCGGCCGGCUGCUCAUCGGCACCCUCGAGGUCGUGGAGAUCUCGCUGGCCAACUCCACGGUGCGCGUCAAGGACAGCGCGGGCGCCGUCAACAUCACCUACCACGGGACCCCCGACGGCAACGGCACUCGGGGCGGCCUCACCGCCGCCGGCCCCCAGUGCCAGGACGGGUACCAGGGCAACCCCUACGUCGCCGGCGGAUGCCAAGACAUCGACGAGUGCGCGCUGCCCGGCCUGUGCUCCGGCGAGUGCACCAACACCCCUGGGGGAUACACAUGCCGGUGUCCGCGUGGCGCCCGUGGCAACCCACGCAUCAAAGAUGGCUGCAUCAAAUCUUCCCUAGGUUUAAGUAUCGGCAUAGGAAUUGGCAGUGGCGCUGGCCUUCUACUGCUAGUACUCGGUGCUAUUUUCGUGACCAGGAAGAUCAAGCAUCAAAGAGCAAAAAUGUUGAAGCAGAAGUUCUUCAAGCAGAACAGGGGACAUCUGUUGGAACAACUGGUGUCACAGAAGGCGGACAUCGCCGAGAGGAUGAUCAUCCCUUUGGUGGAGCUGGAGAAGGCCACGAACAACUUCGACAAGGCUCGCGAGAUCGGAGGGGGAGGGCAUGGCACGGUGUACAAGGGGAUCAUGUCCGACGACCUACACGUCGUGGCGAUCAAGAAGUCCAAGGUCGCAGUCCAGAGGGAGAUCGACGAGUUCAUCAACGAGGUGGCCAUCCUCUCGCAGAUCAACCAUAGAAACGUGGUCAAGCUCUUCGGGUGCUGCCUCGAGACGGAGGUGCCGCUGCUGGUGUACGAGUUCAUCCCCAAUGGGACCCUUUAUCACCACCUUCACAUCGAGGAUCCUAGAGCAUCGCUGCCAUGGAUGGAUCGGCUGAGAAUCGCAACGGAGACCGCCAGAGCUCUCGCGUACCUUCACUCGGCCGUAUCAGUCCCCAUAGUCCACAGGGACAUCAAGUCUCAGAACAUUCUGCUAGAUGGCACUCUCGUAGCAAAGGUGUCGGACUUUGGAGCUUCGAGGUGCAUUCCGAUCGAUCAGACAGGGGACGCAACGGCCAUCCAAGGGACAUUCGGGUACCUAGACCCCGUGUACUAUUACACGGGGCGGCUCACAGAGAAGAGCGACGUUUAUAGCUUCGGCGUUCUUCUCAUGGAGUUGCUCACCAGGAAAAAACCGUGCUCAUAUCGGUCGUCCGACGAGGAAAGCCUUGUCUCAUAUUUCACCACUUUGCUUGCAGCAGGCGACCUACCUCGUGUCUUGGAUCCUCAGGUCGUGGAGGAAGGAGGCAAGGAUGUAGAAGAGGUAGCUAUGUUGGCGGCAGCAUGCGUGAGAAUGGAAGGUGACCACCGUCCGACCAUGAGGCAAGUGGAGAUGACGCUCGAGAGCCUUCAUGUACCCCACGGAAACAUUGUGACGUGUGAUAUGGAUGCACCAAAUUAUGCUGUGAUUAAGGGUACAAAUAGGGAGGAGGUGAGCAGACAAUAUAGCUUGGAAGAAGAGUAUUUGUUGUCAUCAAGGUACCCCAGGUAGUCAAUGUAUAAUGUGUGUGCGUGCAGUUUAACUUGCCGAGUGAUGCGCGCAAGUAGUGUAAACUUGUUCGAUACACAACAACUGCCUCCGUUCCAAAUUUAGCAUCCAGCUUUCCUCAGAUUUGGUGUAUAUAUCUUGACGAGUUUUAGUGGGUAGGUUUGCUUAUUUUGAAAAAAAAGGUGGA